UCUAAACCCAGGGUAGAAUUUCACUCCAUAGAAACCUGCCCAUCACCUGUAACUGCCUUAUCUCCGUUCACUGUGCACACAUUGUCUGUGGAUGAACAGAGAGAUUCUCACCAACGCACCGAUCUACCAACAUGUUCAGUGUUUCAAGGACAAAAAUUUUCAUCACCACUCUCUUGGUGCUGGGAGCUCUUAUUGGAGUUCUUUGUCUCCGAUUAUCUAAAGAUUUGACUGAAUACAAACACAUCCUCCUUCAAGCUGAUACUAGAAAGUCUGUCAUCCGACCAAAGCCACCAAACAGAAAGUCUACCUAUAAGUACUCCUGGCCAAAUUGUCAACAAAACAUAUCUGCUGCCAUCGUCCCUGGCUUCAGCUCACUUCCUCAUCAUAUACAAGACUUUCUCUACUAUCGCCACUGUCGACAUUUUCCCAUGAUACUGGAUGUUCCUGACAAAUGUGGAGGAGCUGAUGGAUCUGCAGAAGUCUUUCUUCUAUUGGUCAUUAAAAGCUCUCCUGCAAACUACAACCGUCGAGAGGUGCUGCGUAAAACCUGGGCUAAAGAGAGAUUGCAGAAUGGUGUAUGGAUCCGAAGAAUUUUCAUCUCGGGAAUAACAGGUGACGGCUUUGAGAAACAGACACUGAACAAACUCCUUGAACUGGAGCAACAUGAGAACAAUGACAUCCUCCAGUGGGACUUUGCUGACUCACACUACAACCUCACCUUGAAGCAAAUCCUCUUCCUAGAAUGGAUGGACAGAAACUGUCCACAUGUUCGCUUCCUGAUGAACGGUGAUGAUGAUGUUCUUGCCAACACAGACAACAUGGUUGAGUAUCUAAAAAACCUGAAGGACAAUGGUGGAAGCAAGCAUCUUUAUACUGGACACUUGGUGGAGGAUGAUAUACCCGUUCGAUCACCAGACAGUAAAUAUUAUGUUCCAGUUCAGGUGUAUGAGUCCGAAUCAUACCCAACUUUUUGUAGUGGUGGAGGAUACCUAUUGUCUGGCUACACAGCUCAUGUCAUAUACAACAUGUCCCACUCUAUCACCAUUCUUCCCAUGGAUGAUGUUUACAUUGCAAUGUGUGUGGACAAAGCAGGACUUCGUCCUAAAUUCCACAUGGGAAUGAAACCCCUAGGACAUGGCACUCCCCCCAAAAUUGAUCCAUUAGACCCUUGUUAUUUUAGAGAAAUUCUACUUGUUCACAGAUUCCUUCCAGCAGAUUUGUAUGUUAUGUGGAAAAGGUUACAUGAUCCUGAUCUGAAAUGCUUUCACAUUAACCAGUAGUAACCUACAGCUGAUAAAAAAAAAAGUUGAUGCUCGUAUUUUCUCAACAGCCUCUUUAUCAAGUAUACUUGUACAACCUAUUGCAAUGCAGUUCAAAAGCAGCAGUUCACCUGUUAAUGUUGAAAUCUAAAAUACUUUACACGUGCUGCCACCAGGUGCUGACCACUGGUUUUGGAUAAUAACCUCUACCAAAUAUAUGAAAUAAAGUUUUUGUUUUAGCUGAUAUUUAACUUUCUAUCCAUUUGAAAUCUAUUCCAAAUUGUUGCAUUUUUAACAUUUGUACAAAAUGCCAAAUGAAAAGACUAUCAAUUUUAAAGCUUUGUGUGUGUGGUAUGAACAUGUCACUUUGUCUGCAGUAAUUUGAUUGGCUCUUGCUCCUGUUACUGUUGUAAAAUUUGAUGUGCUAAAGGCCUCUUGUUAUUUCUCAUCCACGUGGUAGAACAUGAUUAUCUCAUCACUAUUGCAUGCUUUAGUCUAUAGAACAUACCAGUGUCUUUUUCCUACCAUGAUUGUUGAUCUUGAAUAAAAGAGAACCGCAUUUGGAGCCAGUGCAAAACAUUUUGUUUUUCACAUUCAGGGAUGAAAGUAAACCUUCUUUUUUACCCUGUAUGUGGGUAUAUACAGUGAUAACAAUAAAAUGGAAGAAUACAUGUUUUUCUCA